AGAACAUGUGGAGAAAACUCCAAUGUUAAGGUUUACUUUUUCUUCUAGUUCUAAAACUUUGAGUUUUCUGGGUCUAUAACUCUCUCUCUCUCUCUCUGUUCAUUUUAUUAGUAAAAAACUACAAGGAAACCUUAAACAAACCAAUCCUUUCUCUCUUAGAAAUAACCACAAACACAUAGUGAGCAUUGAUGCAGAGUAUGAGAGCACCUAUGUCUAGUGUUACAAAGAGGAUGUGUAAUAAUAUUACUAAUAAUUCUAGUGAAGAAGAAAGUGAGCUAAGAAGAGGUCCCUGGACUCUUGAAGAAGAUACUUUGCUCACUCAUUACAUUGCUCGCCACGGCGAAGGUCGUUGGAAUAUGUUAGCAAAAUAUGCAGGGCUGAAAAGAACUGGAAAAAGUUGCAGAUUAAGAUGGUUAAAUUAUCUAAAGCCUGACAUUAAGCGUGGCAACCUCACUCCACAAGAACAACUCUUGAUUCUUGAAUUGCACUCCAAGUGGGGUAACAGAUUUCUAUGUUGUUGUGUUAGGUGGUCAAAAAUUGCACAGCAUCUGCCUGGAAGAACAGACAAUGAAAUCAAGAACUAUUGGAGAACAAGAGUGCAAAGACAGGCCCGUCAACUAAACAUUGAGUCUAACAGCAAGAGGUUUCUUGAUGCUGUUAGGUGUUUUUGGAUGCCAAGAUUGCUUCAAAAAGUAGAGCAAGCCAAUUCUUGUUCUUUUUCUCCUUUAAAAACCCUUCAAGAUUCAGAAACCCAUGAACUUGCAAAUUUCACAUUACCUGAUAAUAAUUCUUUUCCUCAACAAUACCCAAUUCUUGAAAAUGAAAGCCCUACAAGUGUUUAUCAUCUUCCCACCAUAACUGGUACUACUACUACCAAUCCAGAUUCCACAGAAAUUUCUCAGUACCAACCUGAAAUUCUUGAAAACAGAGCAAGUCCUCCUCUUCUUGAUGAAAAUGUAUACAACAAUCUAAUCAUGAAUGAGAGUUACUAUGACAUGGAAGGAUUCAAUCCAAUGCCUGAAAUUGGCACUUUUCAUGAUUCAACAAAAGAAUGCCAGAUGGAAGAAAGCAAUAAUUGGGCGUUUGAUGAUGGCAUGGCAGACACUUUAUGGAACAUGGAUGAUAUAUGGCAGUUUAGACUUUAGUGAAAGAGAAAGAGAAGAGGAAUCUAUCUACAGUUGAUCAUAUAUAUAGAAGAUGAUCCAAGCUUAGCUAGGGUGGCUCUGUUAUUAUGAUUAGGGUCCAUACACAUUAUAUAUAAAUUAUAAUAUAUAUACAUCACAUUGACUCAGACAUCGUACUGAUCUACAUUGUGUUUUUAUUUGUAAGGAUGUGCAAUGUAACUAUCAUUUAUAAAAACUUAAAUUUUGUAGUUCAA